CUGGUGUCCAUUUCCAUCUCUCUUUCUCUCUCCAUUCUAUAUAAUAUAUCUGCAAAUGGAAGCGUUUCGUUUCUCGCACUACCAGCGAGGAACACAAACAGCUUCACAGGUGAUAUGUGUGGAACCAUCGAUUUCGAUAUGUGGACGCACAGUUUAUGGACAAAUUCAAUGAGUUAUGAUUCCGAUUUUGGAAUAGGUUUUUAUGUUGAAUGUUUCAUGUAUAGAAACUGCGGGUUCUUUGUAUUGCGUAGAGUGUGAAUUAGGGUUCGUUUGGUGGGUAUUGAGUAUUGGGGUGGUGGGAAGGGUUUGUUUGCUAGGGUUAGUGGGUGAAGAUGACAGAUGUUCAGCAACAGCUUCAACAAAAGCCCGAGGUUGAGAGCACUGCCGAUGAAGCCCGUGCUCGGGCUGAAUUCGAGAGGGGAUUGGAGGAAUUAAUGCGAGGGCAUUUGGACGAAUGUAUGUCAUUCGGGUCGUGUAGUUCUAAUCGUAAUACUGAAGAUGAGGAUGAUGAGAGUGAUCAGCUUUUGCGGAGGAGGAGAAGGUCGGAUCUUGAGGGGGAUGACCUGGCCGAGUCUUCUGCUGCCAGGAGGCGCCACUCGCGGAUUUUGAGCAGAUGGGCUGCCCGUCAGGCACAGGAGAUGAUAACCACGAUUGAGAGGACAAAUCGGGAGACUGAACUGAUGGCACUUGCUGGUUUGCAUACAGUUUCCAUGCUUGAUUCGUCGUUCUUGAGGGAGUCUCAGUCACCGACUUCGAGGCGACAGGGUAAUGUCGAGAGGCCGAGUACCCGGGCAUCGUCUAUUCUGCAAAUGUGGCGUGAAUUGGAGGAUGAGCACGUGUUGAAUCGUGCCCGGGAGAGGGUGAGGGAAAGACUUAGACAGCAGAGGAGUGUAGACUCUAAUACGAAUAUGUCUGAAAGCCGAGGGAGUGAUAAUCCGGGUAGUUUGGAGGAUGCUAGUGAGAGUGAGAAUGACUAUGGAAAUUGGUCUCAUGAUCAGAUUGGCCCACAGAAUGAACAUGGGGACCGUGAUAGUUCUAGUCGUGAGCAGUCUCCUGAUCUUGGUGAAGUUGAACGGGAGAGGGUUAGACAAAUUGUUCGGGGAUGGAUGGAGAGCGGAAUCAGUGAGCACUCAUCGAAUGUUCCUCAAAGGAUCGAUAGUCCAAGAUCAGAAUGGCUUGGUGAAACUGAGCGUGAAAGGGUGAGAAUUGUGAGGGAGUGGAUGCAGACAACAAGUCAGCAGAGAGGAGUUCGUAGCGGUAGAAGGGGAGAACAAGUUGCUGGAUCAGGUGCCCAAGUUGACCGAGUUCGUGAAGGGUUGGUUGUUGAUCAAGAUGAAGGUCAGCCGGAGCAUAUUCGCCGGGACAUGCUGAGGUUGCGGGGAAGACAAGCUCUGCUUGACUUGCUUGUGAGGAUUGAGAGGGAGAGACAGAGAGAACUUCAAAGUUUGGUGGAACAUCGGGCUGUUUCUGACUUUGCUCAUCGCAACCGCAUUCAGUCACUACUUAGAGGCAGAUUCUUGCGAAAUGAGAGACCUGUUGAAGAAGAGAGACCACCGUCAAUGGCAGCAAGUGAAUUAGUUCAGUUAAGACAAAGACACACUGUCUCUGGGCUGAGGGAAGGGUUCCGUUGCAGAUUAGAAAAUAUUGUUCGUGGUCAAGUAAGCAGCCAAUCUGAAACCUCAUCUAACAAUAACAACACUGAUUCUAGAAAUGAUCAGACUCUUACAAACCCUUCACAGGAGGUUCAACAUGAAAACCAUGAGGAGUCACAACCUAGAAGUCAGGAAAGUGACGCUUACCAGAUGUCAGACCAUGCAGUAAAUUUGGAAGACAACACUGUUGUUCAAGUUAUAACUCAACUAACAUCUGCUAAUCAAGGAGACUGGCAGGAACAAAAUAUUGAGGAUGAGAGAGUGAACUCUCAUCCGUCAACCUACAGUGAACUCAAUGAAUGGAGAGAGGGGACUGUGGAAGAUGUCAAUGGAAAUUGGCAGGAAAAUCCAGAACAAAAUAUUGAGGAUGAGAGAGUGAACUCUCAUCCGUCAACCUACGGUGAACUCAAUGAAUGGAGAGAGGGGACUGUGGAAGAUGUCAAUGGAAAUUGGCAGGAAAAUCCAGUCAAUGAAUGGCCCCGGGUGACUCCAGGAAAUGGUGAAGGUGGUCAUCUGCAAGAAACCCAUGAGGCUUGGCAUGAGGAUGGUUCUCGGGAAGCUGUGGACACUUGGUCAGAAGGUCCUUCGGAUCCCCCAAGAUUGCGGCGGUCUAUUCCUGUAAGAAGAGUCAAUAGAUUCCACCCACCUGAUGAUGAUAAUGUGUACAGUAUGGAACUCAGGGAACUCUUAAGCAGGAGGAGUGUUUCAAAUCUUCUUCGCAGUGGUUUCCGUGAGAGUUUGGACCAAUUGAUUCAGUCUUAUGUGGAAAGGCAGGGUCAUGCUCCCAUUGAUUGGGAUCUGCAUAGAAACUUGCCCACUCCUGCUUCACCAGAACGGGAGCAGGUGGAGCUGAGAGAUGAUCAGAAUGAGGAUCGGCAAGAUGCUACUGGUCCAAUUUCAGUGGGACUGCCACCCCCUCCGGUGCCCCCGCCAGACCCACCACUUUGGCACCAGGAUUUACAUCAUUCUGCUUGGCCUCGACACACCAUGCAUCGUUCUGAACUUGUAAGUGGUCUUUCACCUAUGGUACUUGGUACUAAAGCCUUCAACUUAUGA